AUGUUCAAGAAACUCCCCAGGGAAGUGUACGACUGCAUCCUUGCGCAGUUAGAUCUGAUCUAUCAGGACCACAACCAAGCUUGUACAUCGUGUUAUCUUGGAGACCUCCACAGCCUGUCGUUGACGAGCCGUGCAUGGGACAAGGCUGCAAGUGCCGUCAUGUACCGCAAAGCUCUAGUAAUUACCAAUGAAGAGCAUGGAGGGCUUCCGAAACUCAAGACAAAGGGCACAAGCAGAUUAAAACUUUUGCGGAGGACACUUCGCGAGAAUGCUGGACUAUCCCGACGUGUAUUGGAAUUACACUUGUCUGACUUCCAAUUGCUUUACGAGAACGCAACCAUUGAGCGAGAAGAGAUCGUGGAUCUUGUCGCUUCCUUGGUUAUGGCUUGUCCGCGUUUGGAACGCCUAGUCGGAUUCCACGUUCACUUCUCACAAGCCUUCGACCGAUUGUCGCAUGCGCUGUCUACAAGGCGAAAUCUCAAGGAAAGAGUGUGGAUGUUGACCAAUGCGGAUGGAGACACCGGGGCAGAUGAUGACGACGAGACGAUCAGAGGCAACUACAUCGCCGAAUGUGACCCAACCGAACGUUUCCUCGACCUGAGCUCUCAACACUCCAUGCUCUCUAGUCUGGUUUUGUUUCAGGAGCAAUGCCAGUCGUUGACACAUCUCAAUUUCCGAGCUGUGGUUGGGACUUUCAGAAACUCUCCACAUUUGCAAAAUCUCGCGAUUUCUGGACUGGCGGCGCACUCAUUCACCAACAUGGCUCUGAACGCUAUACCGACGAACUUACAGUCACUGCGCCUUGAGAACCUCCCCGGUAUCACGGAGAAAGGUAUACAGCGCCUUGCUACCUCGCAGCAGGCCGUAUCGAUCCAAAAACUGACGCUUGUGGACCUGGAAAUUGGAAGCGUACUCACCAUCGCGGACAUUCUUUCUCCCCGUCUUACCAGCUUGAAAGAGUUCUCGCUCGUCCAAACCAGAGCACCCACAUUAUCGAGGCGAAAUUUCGAUCCUGAGUUCGGUUCGCCAUCAGUUCGAUAUAUCCACUGGGAAAUACGCCUCGAGGCCUCUCCGCUGCCUUCAUUCAUUUCACCCACAUUUGCAGAGCUCCCAGAAUCACAACCAUUUCCUUUCGCAAACGUUGAACCGAUAUGCUGCCACGCCACAUCCCUGCUCGCAGCAAGUAUCCAGGCCAACGCUUUUCCAUUGCUACGUCGCAUUCGCAUCCCUCACGACCCUCAAGGUGUCAUUCAAUCGCUUUGUAAACCUCUUGCGACAGCACUCCUUCCGUCCGACACAUCCAAGAUUGCGACGGCUUCACGCAUCUCCACUCCGGACGGAUUUUCCAUCAUUUUAGAAGAGCCUGUCGUGGAUUCCGCAAAGACACACAGAGCGUCCACUUACGGGGUGACAUCAACAUCACGUGUAGACUCUGUAGUCGGCUCCCCGACCUUCGAAUCGAAUCAUGCAGCGGUCGCUCUUACACCGAUGCGAUCGCGUCUUGCAGCACAAUCGCGGAUUCUCGCUGCUAGGAAGGAUGCUGCCAUGACAAUCUGUGUGUCGAGCCCCGAGGGCGAGGUUAAAGUGAACAAGAUCAUUGGUGGCCAUGUCGGAUACGUAGGCAGCAGAAUUACCUACGACCUGAGGGCUGAUAAUGAAACGGUAGGGCGAACCGAAUGGAUCGUAGGGAUGAAUGACUUGGUCGGUAAUGCUGAGAAAGAGAACCGGGACAUGUUCGAAAGUAGUCGAAGAAGUUGUGGACAUCUUGUUGGUAGCGGAGGGGGCAACGUAGUGGGGGUUGAGGAUCUUUUCUGA